AUGAGGUGCACUGGCUCUUGGAAACUGUGGCUUUGGAUGGCAAUGUUCCUUACACCUUCUUCCUCUUCUGUGUCAGUCAGAGACAAGCCAGAAAAAACAUGUCCUUUACUAAGAACAGAGGGACAUCACUUUAUGCAAGACAACAGCAAUAAGCUUGAAGCCUCAGGUUUUGAUCUAGGCGAGAGCUUUUCUCUGAGACGAGCAUUUUGUGAAGGUGAUAAAACCUGUUUCAAAUUGGGAAAUGCACUUCUUAUUAGAGAUACUAUUAAGGUAUUUCCCACAGGCCUUCCAGAGGAGUUCUCUGUAGCAGCUACAUUUCGUGUACGAAGAAGCACCAAAAAGGAGCGAUGGUUUCUAUGGCAGAUUUUAAACCAAGAGAAUAUGCCACAGAUUUCAAUUGCAGUUGAUGGUGGAAAGAAGGUAGUGGAAUUUAUGUUCCUGGCUUCUGAGGGAGACGUGUUGAACUACAUUUUUAAAAACAGAGAACUACGUCCUUUGUUUGAUCGUCAAUGGCAUAAACUUGGCAUCAGUAUACAAUCCCGGGUCAUUUCACUCUAUAUGGAUUGCAAUUUAAUUGUGAGCCGGCAGACUGAUGAAAAGGACAUCAUGGAUUUUCAGGGACGAACAGUUAUCGCUGCAAGAGCUUCAGAUGGCAAGCCUGUGGAUAUUGAACUUCACCAACUUAAAAUCUACUGUGAUGCAAACUUCAUAGCUCAAGAAUCCUGUUGUGAAAUAUCAGAAACCAAGUGCUCAGCGCAUGAUGAUUUUGGAAGUACAGCAUCAUCAUCAUUAACCACUCACGCCAGUAAAAUGUCUGCAUACCUUCCAGCAAAGCAGGAACUGAAAGACUUGUGCCAGUGCAUUCCACACAAGGGAGAAGCAGGAUUACCCGGACAGAAAGGGAACAAAGGUGAACCGGGUGAAAAUGGCUUACCUGGUGUUUCAGGCUUACCUGGCCAAAAGGGAGAGCAAGGUUCCGAGGGCAGCAAAGGAGAAAUUGGCAAAAAGGGUGAAAAAGGAGCAAAAGGAGACCCGGGUCUGACUGGUCUUAAUGGAGAAGAUGGUCUGAAAGGUGACUUGGGUCCUCGUGGUCCACCUGGCCCAAAAGGAGAAAAGGGAGACAUGGGACCUCCAGGACUACCAGCCUUCGCAAGUUCCCCGGGUAUGCAAGGCCCUCAAGGGCCACCAGGAAAAGAAGGUCAGAGGGGACGACGAGGAAAACCAGGACCCCCAGGAAAACCAGGACCCCCAGGACCACCUGGACCUCCAGGAUUACAAGGAGUACAACAGAAUUUUGGUGAAUAUUAUAACAAGGGGGCGCCUAUUUCGAAAGGUGAAAAGGGUGAUAAAGGAGAACCUGGGUUAGUUGGAUCACAGGGAAUGAAGGGAGAACCUGGAGAUCCUGGCCCCCCCGGUUUAAUAGGCAGCCCAGGACUAAAGGGUCAGCAUGGACCGGCAGGUGCUAUGGGGCCCAGAGGACCACCGGGAGAUGUUGGCCUGCCAGGAGAACACGGCAUCCCAGGAAAACAAGGCGUUAAAGGAGAAAAGGGAGAUCCUGGUGGAAUCGUAGGCCCUCCUGGACUUCCAGGUCCAAAAGGUGAAGCUGGACCUCCAGGGGAAAGCCUGCCAGGUGAACCAGGAUUAGAUGGAAAACCAGGAGCACCUGGUCCACGAGGGCCAAAGGGUGAAAGGGGGCUGCCAGGCGUCCAUGGUUCACCAGGGGAAAUAGGCCCACCAGGAGUAGGAAUUCCAGGCCGAGUCGGCUCCCAAGGACCAGUUGGAGAACCAGGUAUCCAGGGUCCUCGAGGUCUCCCUGGAUUGCCAGGAACUCCAGGGACACCAGGAAAUGAUGGAGCACCAGGGAGGGAUGGAAAACCAGGCCUGCCAGGCCCCCCAGGUGACCCUAUUGCACUUCCUCUCUUGGGAGACAUUGGUGCCUUGCUCAAGAACUUCUGUGGUAACUGCCAAGCCAACGGCCCUGGGCUGAAAAGCAGCACAGGAGAAGAAGGGGGCGCUGGCGAGCCUGGGAAGUACAAUUCCAUGGCCCGUAAGGGUGACAUAGGACCACGGGGCCCUCCAGGAAUCCCAGGCAGAGAGGGACCCAAGGGAAGCAAAGGAGAGCGGGGCUACCCUGGAAUACCUGGGGAGAAAGGCGAUGAGGGUCUUCAAGGAAUUCCCGGCACUCCAGGUGUUCCAGGCCCAACUGGACCCCCUGGCUUAUUGGGAAGAACAGGACAUCCUGGUCCAGUGGGAGCAAAGGGUGACAAGGGCAGUGAAGGACCCCCUGGGAGACCUGGACCACCUGGACCACCCGGUGUGCCAUUCAAUGAAGGCAACGGCAUGAGCAGUCUAUAUAAAAUACAGGGAGGAGUGAAUGUUCCCAGUUAUCCGGGACCACCUGGCCCCCCAGGCCCAAAAGGAGAACCUGGGCCAGCGGGAGAACCUGGUGCAAUGGGGCUGCCGGGACUAGAAGGAUUUCCAGGAGUAAAGGGAGAUAGAGGCCCUGCAGGUCCGCCAGGGAUAGCUGGGAUAUCGGGGAAGCCUGGUACUCCAGGGCCUCCAGGAGUUCCAGGGGAGCCGGGUGAGAGAGGGCCUGUUGGAGAUAUAGGGUUUCCUGGACCAGAAGGACCCUCAGGAAAGCCGGGAAUAAAUGGGAAAGAUGGAUUACCAGGUGCUCAGGGUAUUGCGGGAAAGCCUGGAGAUAGAGGCCCCAAAGGAGAACGUGGUGAUCAGGGAAUUCCAGGAGACAGAGGCCCACAAGGUGAACGGGGGAAACCAGGCCUCACUGGCAUGAAGGGGGCUAUAGGUCCUGUGGGACCACCUGGAAGCAAAGGCUCCGUGGGCUCCCCUGGCCAGCAAGGACCUCCCGGCUCACCAGGUGUACCUGGAGCUCCGGCUGAUGCAGUUUCAUUCGAAGAAAUAAAGAAGUAUAUUGAUCAAGAGGUCGUAAGAAUUUUUGAAGAGAGGAUGGCCGUAUUCCUAUCUCAGGUCAAGUUGCCUGCAGCAAUGCUAGCUGCUCAAGCCCAUGGGAGACCUGGCCCGCCAGGGAAAGAUGGGCUACCUGGGCCACCAGGAGACCCUGGACCCCAAGGCUACCGAGGACAGAAAGGAGAAAGAGGUGAACCUGGAAUUGGGCUACCAGGGAGUCCAGGCCUUCCUGGAACUGCAGCCCUGGGUUUGCCAGGAUCACCAGGAGUCCCAGGACCACAAGGACCCCCAGGACCAAGUGGAAGAUGUAACCCAGAAGAUUGCCUCUAUCCCGCCCAUCUUCCGUCAGGUGGGAAAUGA